AUGUUAGAACAUUGUUUAGAGAACAUGUUAGAACAUUGUUUGGAGAACAUGUUAGAACAUUGUUUAGAGAACAUGUUAGAACAUUGUUUAGAGAAAAAGUCGCCGUAUUUUGAGGUGCCGAUUCAGAACGUGACGGCCCAGGUGGGCCGCACCGCUAAGCUCACUUGUGUUGUGGAGAAUCUUGGCUACUACAAGAAUUCUGUUGGUUUCUUGGUUUCUAAAUUUUCUGCAAUAUUUACAUCAGAGAUUCAGUUAGAAUUAAUAACUCAAGGAAAGUUAUAUGUGAGUCAUGAAGGUGAGAAGGUAGCCUGGGGUUACAAGGGGACUGGUGCAGUGCUGACUGUCUCCACACAGGUGGUCACCAACAACCCCCGUAUCACCAUCCAGCGGGAACAGCGCUCCACCUGGGUGCUCACCAUCGCCAACAUCACCAUGCAAGACCAGGGACACUACUGGUGUCAAGUCAAUACAUCUCCACCUCGCUCCAUCACCGGGUACCUGGCUGUUGCAGAGCCUCCCGUCUUGGACGGUGGAGACGAAGAGGUGACAGUAAACAGAGGAGCUUCAGCCAACCUGACAUGCCGCGCCCACGGCACGCCCACGCCCACCAUCAGGUGGGUCAGGGAGGACUACGACCGCAUCAGGAUCACCCAUACUCACUUUGUGACGGACUACAUUGGUAGCUCACUACUGCUGCAGGAUGUGACGCAGCGCAGCGCCGGCGGUUACCUAUGCAUCGCCAGCAAUGGCCAUCCACCAUCUAUCAGUAAGAAAAUCAUCGUCCACGUCAACUAUAUGCCAGAAGUGAAGGGACCCGAACCAACAACGUGGGCGUCCGUGGGCGCCACUGUAAGCCUCACCUGCCUCUUCACCGCCCAUCCCGCCCCGAGGGUCGUCUGGAUGAGAGAGAACUUUCUUGGGUCACAGUUGCUCAAUAAUGACUAUUUUACCGUUACUCCUCAAGACGGACAUCCGCCUUAUACACACAAUAUGACGCUCAAAAUGAGGAAAUUGGUACCGUCAGACUUCGGCGUCUACACUUGUAUCAUCGGGAACUUCCUGGGUGAGGCGCAAGCCACCACUGUUCUCAGAGGUGAGUCCUUCAAGAACUCUGGAAUACCCUUCAGGAAACCAUCCUCAGAGGUGAGUGUUGCAGGAGCUCUGGAAUACCCUGAAGGGAACCAUCUCAGAGGUGAGUGUUGCAGGAGCUCUGGAACACCCUCCAGGGAACCAUCCUCAGAAGUGAGUGUUGAAAGAACUCUGUGACCGUCAGCGACAGUAAGCGGUAUAUCACUUGAAUCACUUCUGCCACUCCUUCUGGAGUCACUGCUGGGUUACCACAUGGAGAAAACCCGGACCAGGGCCCUGGCAAACCUACAUGAACAUGAACUCUCUUCUUAGGUCGUUCUGGCACUCGAGCUGCGGCCUGAGU